UAUUUACUGUAGUUCCAAUGCAUGCCUACGAUGGGCGCAGUAGUCAUAUGAACAAGCCCUGCAAGUCGGCGGUUCCGCUUUGUAAUCUCGAAGAGUAAGUGGGCUCAUGCAACGCUACAUGCAGCUCAUACUAUACUCUAUUGGUAUACUGAGGAGCAGUCAGAUACAGGCAAGGAACUGCGGUACCGUUCAUUCGCAUUCAUGUAUACGUCCACAUUUGCCGACAAUUAUCUAUUGCACUUCUAAGCUACAGUGCGUGCCAUGACUGUACGGCUAAACUCUUGGGUAAUCGAUACUUGGUCACGACAUUCAGUCUAAACCCCAUCAUCGCCUAUCCACAUCUGUUUACGAAAGAUGCCCGAAGAGAUCCUGCGACCUGCCUUUGCAGGGCGUGAGAAGCCCUUAGUCAGCCACGGCAUCCCAUUUUCCCAGGCCCUGCCGCAACAUGUCCAAAACAUUUUCCAUGCCUCACGCAUUCUCCUCAUUGUGUCCAAGAGUCUCGCAUCCAACACGUGCUACCUCCAGGAUGUGAAAUCCGCACUAGGGUCCAGACUUGCUGGCAUCCGCGUGGGCAUGAAACCCCAUACGCACUGGUCGGAGAUUCUAGAAAUCGUCUCCGACGCCAGGCACCACCGAGCUGAUCUCCUGGUCACACUGGGAGCAGGUAGCCUGACAGACGCUGCGAAACUGAUCAGUCUGGCAUUGGCCAACGACGUUUCCACGUUCGAGGAGCUCGAGAGUCUGCACCCCCAGACCUCACAGCACCGAGGAAACGUCAUGCCUGCACAGAUCCCGCUGGUCUGCAUUCCUACCUCGCUUUCGGGAGGCGAGUACUCUGCCACGGCCGGGGCCACAAACGAUACGACAGGCAGGAAAUGGUCCUUCUCCGCCCAAGCGGGAAUUCGCUGUCCUGCCCUUGUGAUCCUCGAUCCGCAGCUCAGCACGAGCACGCCCGAGCAUAUUUGGCUCUCCACGGGGGUCAAGGCCGUGGACCACUGCAUCGAGACCCUGUGCUCCCUUCAGAGCGACGGCCAUGCAGACGAAGAUGCCUGGAAUGGGCUCAAGAAGUUGAUACCUGGCCUCCUUGGGUGUAAGAACGACAAGGGUGACUUGAAGAAGAGACUCGAUUGUCAACUGGGAGUGAUCGACGCAAUGAGCGCGUGCUCGCGAGGCGUUCCGCUAGGUGCCAGCCAUGGUAUUGGACACCAACUGGGCCCGGUUGGCGUCGGGCAUGGUGAGACGAGCUGUCUGUUGUUGCCGGCAGUUUGUAAGUACAAUUACGCGAACGAUGCCAACAGACAGAGGCAGGAUGCUAUCGUACGAGCAUUAUGGGAGCUGCCAGAUGCGCCCGGUAUUUUUGUUACAAAAGGGUUGAAAAAGCAGCAAGCCGACCUGGGUGGCUUGGUAGCCGCCGUCGUCCAGGCUUUAGGGCUGCCGCGAUCCUUACGUGAGUUCGGCGUCAAUGGGGACAAGUUUGACGCUAUUGCUGAAAACAGCCUUCACGACAGAUGGGUGAAGUCCAACCCAGCUCCAAUAGAUAAGAACGGCGUCUUGGAGAUACUGAGGAUGAUAGCGUGAACACAUUGGGUCACAAUGAGAUACCCUCAUGUGAUCAGCAUUACUGCAUAAAAAAUAAGAACCCCCGAUGCUAUAUGUGAUAAUCGCAACCCAAACUCCAUGUCGCAAAAUGCAGUUUACCAGGAACAGCUAUUUCAUGGGUAGCGUCUCUAAAUCACUUCCUAAGGCUGUCAAGUCUAGCCUGGAGAUCAUCAUCGCCGGGAUCAGCAGCACCACCGCCGCCUCCGCCGCCGCCGCCGCCACCACCA